CACUCCCUCGUCCAGAUCGCCGCCGAUUCGAUCCGCUUUCUCACGGGAUGGCGACCAAGAGGAGCGUGGGCACCCUGGGGGAGGCGGAUCUCAAGGGGAAGAAGGUGUUCGUGCGCGCAGACCUCAACGUGCCGCUCGACGACGCCCAGAAGAUCACCGACGACACACGCAUCCGCGCAUCCAUCCCCACCGUCAAGUUCCUCCUCGACAAGGGCGCCAAGGUCAUCCUCGCCAGCCAUCUGGGCCGCCCAAAAGGUGUCACCCCCAAGUUCAGCUUGAAGCCUCUUGUUCCACGCUUGUCUGAGCUCCUUGGAGUUGAUGUUGUGAUGGCCAAUGACUGCAUUGGUGAGGAAGUUGAGAAAUUGGCUGCUGCUUUGCCAGAGGGUGGUGUUCUGCUCCUAGAGAAUGUCAGGUUCUACAAGGAGGAAGAGAAGAAUGAUCCUGAGUUCGCUAAGAAGCUUGCAUCAGUUGCUGACCUUUAUGUGAAUGACGCUUUCGGCACAGCACACAGGGCUCAUGCUUCAACGGAGGGUGUAACCAAGUUCUUGAGGCCUUCUGUUGCUGGCUUCCUCAUGCAGAAGGAACUUGACUACCUUGUCGGAGCUGUUGCCAACCCAAAGAAGCCAUUUGCUGCCAUUGUUGGUGGAUCCAAGGUCUCAUCUAAGAUUGGUGUGAUUGAGUCUCUGCUGGCGAAGGUUGAUAUCCUCAUCCUUGGUGGUGGUAUGAUCUUCACAUUCUACAAAGCCCAGGGAAAAGCUGUUGGAAAGUCUCUUGUGGAGGAAGACAAACUUGAACUGGCAACUUCACUAAUUGAAACGGCAAAGGCCAAAGGUGUUAGCCUCUUGCUUCCAACCGAUGUUGUUGUAGCUGACAAGUUUGCACCAGAUGCUGAAAGCAAGAUUGUUUCUGCCGAUGCUAUCCCUGAUGGUUGGAUGGGUCUCGAUGUUGGCCCGGAUUCCAUCAAGACUUUCAGUGCUGCCUUGGACACCACCAAGACUGUUAUCUGGAAUGGUCCUAUGGGAGUUUUUGAGUUUGAGAAGUUUGCAGCAGGCACUGAUGCAAUUGCCAAGCAGUUGGCUGAGCUUACCGGAAAGGGCGUCACGACCAUCAUUGGUGGCGGUGACUCUGUUGCUGCUGUUGAGAAGGCUGGGCUCGCUGACAAGAUGAGCCACAUCUCGACUGGCGGUGGUGCGAGCUUGGAGCUGCUGGAAGGCAAGCCCCUCCCAGGUGUUCUUGCCCUUGACGAGGCUUAAGUUAAUUCAAGCUGUGCCUACAAGCUUGCUGCAUGCCCUUUUCGUUGGGAUAUCGGUGUAACGUUGCAACCUUAUGUUUAAGGAACUUUGAGAUAGGCUUGUCACCAAUUUUGCUAGGUGAGUCGUGAAUAAUGACCUACUACUUCCUCCCUGUGAGUGAAGUACUUGGAAACUGACGUACCCCUGUGGAUGUGUAUGGCUAUCUGUUUCACGUCUUGCAUUUC